GUAUUUUGGAUUCGACCAGUCGGCAAUGAGAGUUUUUCGUCGAGGAGAAGCUCCUGUUAAGACUACCAGUUCAUCAAGUGCCACAGAAAUGGAGUGCCCUUAUGACGUCAUCAGCCAACCAGGCGAGUAUUUCGUCCAAUCAUCUGAGGCGAUGGUGUGCACGUGGCUAUUCCUGACUGGGCCAAGCGCUGUGGUCGAAUUAGAAAUCACGGAGCUGGACUACCCAUGCGCAGAAGAUUCAUUCGUUGAGUUUUUCGAUGGAGUCGCCCUGCAGCUUGGUGUGUUCCCGACCGAAGCUGGCCACGACUUGCCGGUUCAAGAGAGGGUCAAUAUGGUGUGCAACACCGGCAGCCGUGUGCUCUUGUCCUCUCAGAACGUUGCCAUGCUAACGUACCAGUCACCAGCCAAUGGCGGGGCAUUCCGGUUGAUAUUCAAACACAAGACCAUCCAAGCCCCUUGCAACAUCUUCAGCCCGGAUUCCUCGGGGGCUUUCACACUAAGCAACUUCAAUAAGCAGAAGAACUGCUCCUUCGCAACCAUCUACCCUGGCUACAUCAACGUGCUGCACAUGGCCGUAGGGAGAGAGACCAACGAGGCCAGACUUAAGUGCAAGGGUAUGACCGACAUGGUUCAGUUCGCUGAGGGGAACUCCCUUGAGUUGAGCAAGAUGAACAUCGAGCAGAGGAUGUGCGGCCGCACCGGGGGAAAAUCGCCAACUGGCCCCGAGGGUGCUGUCCCCUCGCCCGCUGAUGCGCUCCACGGACGGGACGGUACAGCCGCGUCACUGGUCUACAAAAAGAGGGCCCAGUGCACAUCAGGCAUCACCAUCCCACUCAUGUGCCAGAUGUCGGUGGUCAGGCUGGUGUCCAGCGGCCAGCACGAUAACUCAAUCACCUUCACGUUUACGCGGGAGACCGGCGAGAAGAAUGAGUGCGUUUCCUUCUAAAGCAUCUGGAGCAGGGAAAAGCUCGUUGGUGAUCACAUGAUUGGAGAACAUUGUACGUCACUUCACCGAGGGAUAAUUU